UUCCUAUGUUAUACUUAUACUGAAAAUGAUACGUAUGAUAAUUAUAUUGAUGACAAGAGGGAGAUGAGAGAUUUUUCUCAACAAAAAGGGCUUAAAGUCCGUUAAAAAGAGGAAAAUGAUGACUUUUUAUGUACGAGGUCCUAAUGUACACACUACAACGUUUAUCUCUCUCUGACUACAACCGUGCAAGUUGUUCAUGACAGUACCAACUGUCACGUGUGUUACCAUGUUUCGAGGACUUAAAAGUAAUGAAAAUGGUUGGCUUUUACUCCCAUUUUAGUUAGCAUUGUAAUUUCUAAGUUGUGAGCCAUUAGUUUGAUUUAAUGCGACGUUAGCGUUAUUUAUAGUACAGAAUACACAAGAUUGUUAAAAACUAGUUUUAUUUAGUCAAGCAAUUUUACAAGAAGUAGUAAUUUUGAAGAUUCGAAAUGUAUUGCUCGACGGGUAAUUGUAUUUUAGACUAUUAGUAUUUAAUUUGAGCUGGUUUUGGUUUUUCUAGAACAAUUUUUAUCGAACGAAUGAAUUCUUCGAAGUGUUUAGCGUUUGUUUUGUGAUUGGUUGUUGCUUAGCGUAGCUGCAGUGUGUGGCUAUAAAACAAGACGAGAUGUCUGAGAGAAUCUACCGCAUAAUCACAUAUUUCUAAUAGUGGGAAAUUUGUGGGGACAAAUUUGGUUUCAACAAAUAUUUUAAGUCUUCAAUGAUUGCCAUCCCUAGCCUAGAUCUUUGGAUUGCUUGUUUAAAAAAAAAUGAACUUAAGAGUAACAUUAUAGAUUUGAUACCUGUUGGAUUUCAUCUCGUGAUUUUUGUUGUAUUCAAACUCAAAAUAUCAGCCACGUUACGUAGUGUUUCGUCAGCACAUUUGUCAGCACUUUGAGACGAUACCAACAAGCUCAAAAUUUACUCUAAUGGUAGCUUGAUGCAUACUAACCCAGUAGUCUCCAGGCUUUUAACUGCUCUCCUUCAUCAGUAAUUACACAAAGCCAACUUAGAUGUGAAGGAUAAAAAUCAAGAUGGCCAAUCCAAAAGACAGACGUAAAGUGAGACUAAAUUUGCUGGCUAACAGUUAGAGAGAGUCUAAAUCGUUUCUAAGACGUGUGCAAUAGCUGAGACCUUAUUAAAAUUACUGUUUUCUGAUCAAUUUUGCGAUCUUAUUGCGAAUUCUAUGUUUAAAAUGUCAUUUUGUUUUAUUUUAUUUGUCGGGUGUGUUAUCCCGACGAUUACGUGAAGGCCUGCUUUGUUAGAUUUCAUUGACACAAACGAGUGGUCAUUUUAAUACCUCAUGCAUUACACGGUGUUUAAAUCAGUAACAGCAGUUGAUUCUUCAAAAGGUGGUAGGCCACAACCACGCAAUUAUAUUGUUCACGGGUAUUGUUGGUCUGAUAUCAAUUUAAAUAACUGACAAUAUACCUUUUUUGCGUCGAUUACGUUAUGUAACAUAUUUGUUUGGUUAGCGGUUGCUUUCGUUUCUUGACGCCUCUUAGUCAUAAGCUUUGACCUUGUAUCCCUCACUGCUUUCACUGAAACACACAUAAAGAUAAAUAUUCUAAACUGGCUCCUGAAAGUCAACAAGCCAUGAUCUACACUUAUGGUGAAACGUUAUCGUGCGAGGAAGAAAUAGCAUUGCAAUAUAGCAAACCUCCUAAAAAUCAACAAGGGAAACAUUUGGCAGUGCUAAUUGUGAACCAAAAUAGUUCACGUGAUAAAGGUCAUGAAUUGUGGUAGACCAAAAUAAACUGGCAUGAGUUGACAAGAACUUAUUUCAUUGUCAAUUCUGAAUAGCAUCACUUCUGGAAAAUAUUUCAUCCUAAACCGGUAAUAAAACGUCGAAGGAUGCGCUGGAAAAGGCUGAUAUAUCAAGUGUAUUUCCUUUACACGCACACACAUGAACUUCAUUACUUAUUAAAACAUUCCAAUGUAAUUAGAAGGAUAUUUUUAUGCGUAGUUUAGUGACUGCAUAUAACCCGGUUGAAGCGAUGGAACAUGCUUCGCAAAGGCCACCUGAUAUGAUGUUUCCGGAAUUAUAUGGGAUAUUGCCGUAAGACAGCUCAGUUCGGUUCAAACUGUCGACCAGUCGUGUUGUUGGAACGUCAUAUGCCCACUCUAUCAAGCUCUGUUGUGCCUGCGGUUGCGCAAAAGAUUGUAUACAGCGGCAUAUAGGAAAGAUCGUCAGCCAAGCACAUCUGGAAACAAAUUUUCAGUGUCAUACGGUUGUAUUGUGAUAAACGGUUUGUACUGGGUUUGUUUAGGUGUUUUCUGUUUAGAACUCGAGUCGCGUGUUUUAUUUCUUGAGUUCACUGCGGAACUACAAUUGCUGUCAGAAACUGAGAGAAAAAGAUCAUUAAUCGUGGUUUUAUUCCUGCUUAGGAAAACCACGAUGACAGCAAGUGCGAGCCCUUCGGUGACGCCUCCAAACCUGGCCUUAGUUCUAUCAGCCGUCACAAUAAACGGACUACUAAUUAUCUUGGGUACACUGGGUAAUCUACUGGUACUUUUGGUGAUUUUUUUCAACAUUCGACUUGCAACACCAUCUAACCUACUUCUUGGAAACCUGGCCCUAAUUGAUUUAUUAAGUCUGUUUGUCGUCUCUCCUGGUGGUAUCUAUAAAUAUAUGUGCAGGAAAGGUUUUUGUCACGUCCCAGAAACGUUUGUUGUGGCAAAUCGUGGACUUUCACAGUUUAUCGCGCCUGCUGCAGUCUCAAGUUUAUUAUCGAUCGCUGUAGACCGUAUUUUAUCCAUUAAAUAUCCAUUCAAGUACACUUCUAUGAUGACAAAACGACGUGCUGUCGUCAUUAUCUCCCUUACGUGGCUGUUAGGGGCAUUUAUAUCAGCUGUUUUUAUGGUACUAAACUUUAUAUAUAUACAGCCUGCAUACUGCACUGUCAUCAUGUUGGUGACAAUAUUUUUGUACAUUCAUAUCUUCCUGUUUGCUCUGAAAAAAGAAAGACAGAUUGCCAGCUUGCAGAUUUCAAACGUGCAAAGAAAUACAAACUUCUUACAUGAACGAAAGUCGACGAGAACAAUGGCAAUAAUUCUUGGUGUAUUUUGUGCUGCAUGGAUCCCAGCUCUUAUAUUUUACUCAGUAGUUUUUCCAAGUGAUCCACGAUACUUCGACAUACAGAACUGGAUUAACAUAAUAUACUAUUUAAAUGCCUCUUUAAAUCCAUACAUCUACUGCGUACGAAGCGCUAACUUUCGGAAGACAAUGAGAAAGAUGGUGAAGUCUUGUAUGAUUCGUUACAGCUGACAACUGGCCAGGACUAUGCAAUGACUAUACGGAGUUUUCGAAGAGCCUUGUCACGGCAUGGAACAUGACACGAUAGCCGACAGGAGAAAGAUUAUAUUUGUUAUAAAGCUAAGAAAGUUUUAAAUUCAAAAUUAAACUAUCUUUAAAUUCA